AUGGCCAUGAAUUUCGCGCAAAUCCUCGAAUACACCAAGCGGAUACUCCCGGAAAAGGAUGGCUUUGAAGUCUACCCCUUCCGGCUCGGCUCCUACAAUUCGCAAGUUGGGCCGGAAUUCAAGUUGCCAUACGAGGAUAAUGCCGCCGGAUUCCUCGUACUCUCAACGCCGGACAUGUUUGACGUGGCGUUCCAGAAUUGGAUAAAAGUGCAACAUGAACUGCACGGAAGCUUUGAAGAUCUCCAGGAAAUGGUCGCCAAUCCGAUCGCCGAUUUUAUCAAGUCCAGAGUCGACGAUUUGUGCGAAAAGUUCAAUGGCAUGAACUUCGAAGUCUUCCACGACCACUCGCUGCACCCGAAUCGCAAGCCGAAAAUUGUCAUGUGCACGUGUGGGCAUGUUUCUGGCGCCGCUUACUACUAUCAUCCCACAAACUUCAUUUCCAACGACUGGCCAAACGUCAAGGAUAUGGGCCCAAACUUGAAGUUCAUCGGCGUCUCCCUGCACCCAGUCUACGGCGGGCACUUCGCCUUCCGGUUCACCGUCCUUUUCAAAGACGUUGUCGUGCCAGAUGGCUUUGUGGAGCCGAAACCGAUGAAGAUUGCGUUGAGCGACGAGGAGGCGCGCGAGGCGAUGGAUCUGUUCAACUACAACUGGCGCGAUUCGCGUUUUCGGGAUGUGGGACAGCCGAAGAAGCGCUACUCGGAGUGCCAGAUGAAUUAUUUCGGGCGGCCGCCGGCGGAUCGAUGGGAUAUUAUCCGGGAGUGGUGCGAGGAAGAGGUUGUCAAAGCG